AUGCGAUGCUUUUUACUUAUUGAGGUGAUACUGGCUGUCAUUGUACCUGAAAAUGCGGCGUUGUUACUCUCAUUACAGAGUCAUGAGCCCAACAAGACACCAUUCGAGCUCUCCGACGAAACCAUCACGGUGGUGUCUCGAGGCGCGAAAGUCAGUCUUGAGCCCAAAAAGACUCCACUCCAGCUCUCUGACGAGGCCAUCACGGUGGUGUCUCGAGGCGCGGAGGCGUAUGGAGAUCGGCGGAAGUUCAGCGAGAAGAACGAGAGUGUGAAAGGUGGUUUGCAAAGUCGACCAGAACGCGAAUUUGUGGUUGCUGCAGAAAAAGCGGCAAAAGAGCCUCCUUCUGCAUCAUCCUCCAUCAGUCCUGACAUAAACGAGCUCGAGGAGGCUCUCAAGGAACUCGCACGCCUAUCGAAAGAGGUCAAGGACGUUGCAAUCUCUGAUUCGGUUUCGUUUAUUGGCGAUUAUCGCGACGGCAUGAGCCCCAUUGACGGAGCAGUCGAAAGAAAACGAAGAGGAAGACGUCGCAGGAGAAUUAGGGAGUUUGAGAUGAGGAAACGCUACUACAUGGCUGCACUCUAG